AUGCGCACCGAAGUUGACAAGCUAAAAGCCAUCAGCUUUGUUAGGGAAGCUACGUACCCUGUCUGGCUUACCAACUCAGUAAUGGUUCGGAAGUCCAAGGGUGGAUGGCGAAUGUGUCAAGACUAUACUAACCUGAACAAGGCCUGUUCGAAGGAUAGCUUCCCGUUGCCUAGGAUCGACCAGCUCGUCGAUGUGACUACUGGUCACGAGCUGCUCAGCUUUAUGGACGCUUAUUCAAGAUACAACCAGAUUUUCAUGAACCCUGCCGAUAGCGAACAUACGACAUUCAUCACUGACCAUGGAUUGUACUGUUACAAUGUAAUGCCGUUCGGCCUGAAAAACGGGGGGGAGGGGGGCAACAUAUCAAAAGCUUGUUAA